AUGAAGUGGGCAAUAUUACAUGCAGUAUCAAUCCUUGCUCUCGUACAUAUUGUAUAUUGUAUCGAUCACUACCGUUACGAUGAUUUAGUUAACGUUCUCCAGAGAGUAGCAUCAGACUGUCCUAGCAUCACCAGACUGUACAGUAUCGGCUACAGCGUUGAAGGGCGUAAGUUAUGGGUUCUAGAGAUGACGGACAACCCAGGUCAACAUGAGAUGUUGGAGCCAGAGUUCAAGUACAUUGGUAAUAUGCACGGAGACGAGGUCACUGGUAGAGCAAUACUAACAUCUCUAGUUCAAUAUUUAUGUGACGAAUAUAAGAAUGGAAACACAAGAGUCGAAUACAUUCUGAACACGACGCGAAUACACAUAAUGCCCACAAUGAAUCCAGAUGGAUUCGAAUAUGCGUAUGAUUACGGAUACCGUCACUGGAUGUAUGUGGGAAGAAACAACGCUAAUGAUGUCGAUCUCAAUAGAAAUUUCCCAGACCUCUUUCCUAAACUUUACAAUAAGAAACUACGAAAUGAUGGACAAAAUCAUCACUUAAGUUAUUCAACGAUGUACAGUGAGAUGCUUCGUGAAAAUGAAACUCUUGCUGUAAUGCAUUGGCUCGACGAUUACCCAUUUGUACUUUCGGCGAAUCUGCAUAACGGCGAACUGGUUGCCAACUAUCCAUACGAUGCCUCACGCAACACGUAUAUAAACGAGUAUGCCGCUACCCCUGACGACCAGUUAUUUCGCCAGCUGGCUAGGACGUAUUCGAAAAAUCACGGGGAAAUGAGCACCAGGAAAACACCAUGUGAAUAUGGAGGCGAUGUAUUUGUAGAUGGCAUUACCAAUGGCGCCAGUUGGUACAGUAUUAGGGGCGGGAUGCAAGAUUACAACUACCUGGCCACUAAUUGCUUCGAAAUCACUCUGGAACUUGGAUGCAUAAAGUUUCCCGCAAAAGAGGCAUUACCGGGUAUAUGGGAUGACAACAGAGAGGCUCUGCUUGCAUAUAUCGAACAGGUUCAUCGAGGUAUUAAAGGUGUGAUAACGGAUGAAAAUAAUAAUCCAAUAAAUGACGCUGUAAUUGAAGUAGAUGGGAUUGAUCACGACAUUACUUCAACAUCCACGGGCGAAUAUUGGCGACUUCUACCUGAACCUGGCACGUAUCGCGUCCAUGCUUCAGCUGCUUCAUUCAUCCGGGAAACUAAAACGAUAACUUUGGAGCCUGAUGGUGUUGCCAUGGUUAUAAACUUCACUCUACAUUCUUUUCCAAUGGAUAAUGAGACAACAGAGGAACCCGUGACAGAUCAGAACCAACGGUUUGCUGUUAACCAAGAUGGAGUCGUCUACGUAAGCAGAUUUCUCGACUAUGGUGUCGAUUCCAUGUACGUACUGACGAUAGGUGUAUGCAGGAGUAUCCAUGGUAAUCAUAAUGUCACGCUGACGAUUCACGUACUAGAUGUUGAGAAUUGGCCGCCAUAUUAUAACGAAUCGUGUCAAAUCACCGAUGGUAAUGGAAAACACAGUUCAGGUUUUCUCUAUGACGUACUUUCCGGCAAAGGUGAUAAUAUGUUGACAUUUGUCUCUUCGAGGUUCGAUCUGGACAAGUUGUUCAUGGCGGAUUCUUAUAAUGGAGAAUGUUAUUUUGAUAUUUACUUCUCAACGCGCACGGGAAGCAGCAUUAAUAUCGGAGGCGUCAACGAAUUUCAAAUUGAAUGUGAUUUAAUUGACGUUUCUUUCCAAGCAUUUUCACCGAACAAUAGCGCCCUCUCUGGCAGUCCGUUCAUAGACAGCAGUUGGGUUGACGCUUCGAAUCCGGAGUCCGAUGACAUCAUUAUUGUUGUUGCAAGAUUUUCAAAUAUGGCGAACAUUGCAGUGGAUGUGCCAUGUGAACUAAAUAAUGGUCAUGAAAGUUUGAUGAGAAAAAGAUUUCAAAUGGUGCCCGCGGAAAAAGUUGCCUUAGAGGUUAGACCACAGAUUCAAGAAGUCGUUUACGGUGUUACUGUGAACUUCUUUUGUGUUCACAAAAAUAUCGAAGUGAUCGAUCACCAUUACGAUGUUGUCUGGUAUCGUAAUGGGCAGGUACUCGAUGAAGACGACGUAUCCUGGCUCUCAGAACCGGCGCGAUCAAGAUUAAGAAUUACGAUGAACCCGGAUGCUCAAUCGACGCUCAUGAUUUAUCCCGUGAUCGAUAGAGAUUCGGGUAUAUAUAAAUGUGAGAUUCACGGAAUGGAUGGUAAAAUAUACAACAAUACUGGGAAACUCGUCGUCACCGGUUGUGGUGUUAACAAAUGGGGGUUGUCUUGUCAAUACGAAUGUAAUUGUGUGCACAGCGCCACUUGUGACAGGUACAACGGAUGCUCUUGUUUGAGUGGAUGGAACGGAACAACUUGUCAACAAGAUAUACAGACACCCGUGUUCGAAGGCUGUCCAGUUAACAUCGACCUUCACCUCAAACCCCAUAACAGUCAGACCACAGCAACGUGGAAAGAACCGACUGUAAUUGACAAUUCAGAUCGUGUAAACGUCACGGCGAAUCAUCGCCCCGGUGAUGGGUUUUCAGCCGGAGAAUAUGACGUAAUAUACGAGGCAGUGGAUGAAGACGGUAAUGUCGGUACCUGUGUAUUCACCGUCAACGUGACCAAAACCAAUCGUGGUAUUUCUCUGUCAGUACUUGGCAUAAUUACUUCGCUAGUAGUAUUGGUUUUUGCAUUGUUAUGUGUAAUCGGUCCGUACGUUGGUUACAAAUACAGACUCGAAAUUCAAACCCUAGUUGCUGAUAGAUUCCGAAUUUACGAGGACGACGACGGUCGGAAAUAUGACGCAUUCGUGUCCGUGAAAGGAAACUCACCAGAGGAGGUAUUCGUGUAUCGAACAUUGUUGCCAACGCUGGAAAAGAAGUAUAACUACAAGUUAUGUUAUCACCACAGAGACUUUAUAGUCGGGGAUGCUAUUGUCGACAAUAUCAUCCAAGGCAUUGAAGAAAGUCGGCGAACUCUUCUGAUUCUCUCACCGGCAUUUGCGGAAAGUGUUUGGUGCGAGUACGAAUUGCAUUUUGCGCACCAAGAAAUGGUUGCGUUGAAACAGAAACUGAUUCCGAUUAUGUUCGAUGACAUCACUCACAUGGAAAAUAUGCGACCCAGUUUGAGAUCUAUAUUGAAAACUGUCGUGUACAUAUCUUGGCCAAAAGACGGCAAUCACAAAAACGUUGAUAAAUUCUGGAAGCGACUUAUAAAAGCAAUGCCAGAAAAAGCAAGAAAAGAGCAUGACGAUAAUAAAAAAAUAAGUCACGAGGGAUUGGGACAGCGACUAAGACAUUUUUGUUGUAAGUGUACGUAUUUAUUGGGAAGAUGGACAAACAUAAAUGGUGCGCAUGGGGAACAUGAACACGAUGUACACAUUCCAUUAAUUCAGCAAGAACUUAGGGAUAUCGAGGAGCAGGACUAA